UUCGGGGAAUGGUGCAACCUGCAGCCCAAAGAUGCUGCCAAGAUGCCUGAGAGUGCCUGGAAGCUGCUUUUCUACACCUUAUCCUGGUCCUAUGGCAUCUACCUGCUCUUCUUCACUGACUACCCUUUCUUCUACGACCCCCCAUCUGUCUUUUAUGACUGGAAGAAGGGCAUGGAUGUGCCCACAGACAUUGCCAUUGCCUACCUGUUACAGUGCAGCUUCUAUGGACACUCCAUCUACGCCACGGCCUACAUGGACACGUGGCGCAAGGACUCCGUGGUCAUGCUACUGCACCAUGUGGUCACACUCACCCUCAUAGCCUUCUCCUACGCCUUCAGGUACCACAACGUGGGCAUCCUGGUGCUCUUCCUGCACGAUGUCAACGAUGUGCAGUUGGAGUUCACCAAGCUCAACGUCUACUUCAAGCACCGAGGGGGAGUUUAUCAUCGCCUCAACGAUGUCAUCUCCAACAUUGGCUGCCUCACCUUCAGCAUCAGCUGGUUCUGGUUCCGUCUCUACUGGUUCCCCCUCAAGGUGCUCUAUGCCACCUGCUACUCCAGUCUCCAGGUGGUUCCCAACAUCCCCUUCUACUUUUUCUUCAAUGCUUUGCUCCUCAUCCUCACUCUGAUGAACAUCUACUGGUUCCUGUACAUCGUCCUGUUUGUGGCCAAGGUGCUGAUGGGGCAGAUGCAGGAGGUGAACGACGUGCGUGAGUACGACGUGGAGGACAGCAAGAAAACCACAGUGGCCAAGAAGAAAGAGGCUGCACUGCAACUGCCCAGUGCUCUCAAAGAAGGGCUGCACCUGAAGAAUGGAGUUGUGAAGGACAAGAGGUUAUGA